CUCUUGUCUUCCUUCUUCUACGUCCUUUGCGCUGGGACGUCGCUUGCGAUGCCGAAAUUUAGCUACCUCGUUCCAGGAAAGCAAGAAGAACUAGACGUAGAAUGGCACUUGCUGUGGGAGCAGGUGGAAGAAGUCGCCAGGUCUUGUCCCAAUGUCUUCGACAAAGCGAGCGAGAUCCAGUUGUGGCUCAACAGCUGGCGCUCUGUCAUGGGUUUGCUACAGGACAUUGACUCUAGGACAGAAUCUGCAGGAUUAACGCCCGUCGAGCCGUCUGCCGCCCUUGAGAAACUUAUCAUGGAUGUGAACAAGAAAUGCAAAUCAUUAGAAGCGCAUGUAUAUGAUCCGUCGCUGCCAGUGUCAGCCCACGGGAAGAUGUCAGUUGGAAACAGCUCAUCGAACCCCACGGACAAGGGAAAGUCGAAGUCCGGAUGGACGGUAGUACAGGACCGUCCACAGGCGUCGUCUGCUCCAAAACCGACGAGCGAGCUGCCGUUAUCCGGGUUGUUUCAAACUUUCCACCUUCCAAGCUCGAAGGGAGCCUGGUGCGGUACAAGCUACUUCUCGCCCGAGUUGUCCAAGCGAUCUACGCCCUCUCCUCCCCCAUCUCCAUUCCAUGUGAUCGUCACCAGCUUGCCCAGAGCAAACUCACCUCCUCGAUUAACUUCACCCACCCCUCCUAGCGUGGCGCCCAGCAGCCCUGCCCUUUCUGCCCGCUCGAGUUUUACCAGUCCCCACGAAGACUGGGAUGACAUUGACCGCUUCUACAGUGGCAAUGGACCUGCCCAGUUCCCAUACCAAGGUUGCCAACUUGCUCCUCCCUCGAUCAUUCCAUCUCCUCCACCUCUUCCACCUCUCCCGACCUCAUAUCAGAUCCGCAGAGCACGGCGCUCCCAAGACCCCAACUUUAUGUCGGACCAUGAACUCAACCUCUUAAUAGAGCGUCGCCAGCGCGACAUCGAGCGCACCCAGCUGCAGAUCUCGCGGAUGCAGUCUGAAAUAAGUCAUGCGAUCGCAGACAUCACAGAGUGGGUCGUUGAACUGAGACACAGGAAGUAGGACUCACGGAGUACAUGGGGAGCUAAGUAGUGGAGCCGCCGUGAUAUGAAUCGUUGUAAGCGAUGAACCUUUGACUGCUGCGUGUCGAAUCCCUGUACUUAUGUUAACAAAUGAGAAUGGUCUGUGUGUAACUUGUACAUAUGUAUCUUCACGGCAUACAUGCCGCACGAAACAAGUAUUUUGUGACGUUUGUGUAACAUGCCAAGUUGUUGAUUCCGGUGUUAGGAUUCUCUUUUUAUUUAUCAACAUCGGUGUGAUAACCAGUAUCGACCGAUCAUCACCGACAUCACCUGAUACACCCA